GUCGACUCACUGCCAGUCUCCUCGUGCUUCUUUUUCUAGCCAUUCAUCGUCAAGUCACCUUCAAUCCCCUCGGAGGUUUUCGCCAAUUUUCCACUCGGGGGCUGCAAAGACAUGUCCUCGAACAGGCCGCCAGAGAAGGACACAAUCGCGGGCGGGAAAUUCGAGAUGGAGAAGCGCCUCGGCGCCGGCUGCUUCGGAGAGGUGUGGCGCGGCAUCGACACGAGCACUAGGAUGCAGGUGGCUGUCAAGUUCGAGUCCUCCGGGGUUCACGCCCCGCAAUUGGAGACGGACGGCGGAGAUACUCAAGGCGUGUGCGAAGCCGACGCGGCCGCAGGGGUUCGUGGAGUGCCUGUGGUUCGCCCGGGAAGGCCGCUUCAACUGCAUGGUUAUGGAGCUGCUGGGCAAGUCCCUGGAGGACGGGACAUGGUGCAGAAGUGCAGCGGCAAGUUCUCCGUCCCCACGGCGGUGCUAUGCGCGGAGCAGGUCCUGCACCGGAUAGAGUACCUCCACUCGAAGGGUAUCAUCCACCGCGACAUCAAGCCAGAGAAUUUCAUGUUUGGAAUUAAGGAACCGACCAUGACAAGUGCCACCACAUAUACCUGAUCGACUUCGGGCUGAGCAAGAAGUAUUGGGACCAGAGGCACAUAAACAUGAGG